CAUUUGAACCUCUUGUUUCCUCGUUAUUUGCGGUUUUUUGUCAUUGGUGACCGAGACCACCAGGAUUGUUUAGAUUCCAGGGUUAUUCGGUAUUUCAAGCCAAUUUUAGUACUGCUGAUAAGCCUUAUAGCGCUUCUGAAAUUAGGAUUAACCGAACACCACAAAGACAAGGAUGCCAUAGAUGAUUUAGUUCACCAUCAUAAACCUAUCGAUGAUAUACUGGCCGAUAGCCUUAUUUCCCAUGAAAAGAUCUUAGAAUCAAAGGAAUUAUUCUCAGACAAAAAUAUUUCUUUUCAGGGAAAUAAAAAAUUGGAAUCUUCUAAAAAGAUGAAAAAAUUGGAACACCAUAUUAAGGAUUCUAUAGUUGAGGCUAAACAUAAAAUAAUUCUAAAUUUAAACCAAACUAAAUCAGGCAAAAAGCAUUCCCAUCACGCCGAACUCGACGUUUCAGAGAAAAUCCAUCAUAGCUAUGAUGCUAAUAUACUAGUCGAAGUACUUGGUUCGGCUAAGAAGAUCAUUCAAAAGAUUUUUCUCCCCAAAACUCAUCUGAAGAACAUUACUAAAAAUGAACUUGUAAGACCCAAAAAAGAACUCGUGCAAACCAAAAAAUCUCACCAUAGUACGAAUGAUAUAUUUCUCCCUACAUCCUUUCUCUCCAAUAUAGAUUAUAUGAGAGUACCUUUUGUCGGUGCUGCCCUCAAAUUUUUCGCUGAAAUGCACAACGACAUACACGAAUACGGCUACAAAGAUGGCAAACAUGGCCGACUCCCUGAUUUCUGCGGAAAUCAGUGUUGCCCUGCCUAUCAAAUAAAUUGCAAGAAUGAUCUUUACGAAGUGAGGCAAUAUGGUGACUUGACAUUUAUCGAAUACACCGUUAAUGGAAGCGAUUAUCUUGAUAAUGGAUUAAGGACUGGCUUUUCUCACAUUUUUAAUUAUUUCAAUGGGGAAAACGAUCAAAACGCUAAAAUACAUUUCACUGUUCCGGUUUUAAUCAAAGGAUCGCCUAACCCAUCAACUAGUACUCAAACAGUGGAACUUAUAAGUAAUGCAGGACCAACGAUCUCUUUAAUGUUGCCCCCACCUUUCGCCAUUGACCCUCCAAAACCAACUUGCCCUCAGUUCAAGAUAGUUCAACAUUCGAAUCCUUUGUGCUACGUGAGAAUGUUUGGAGGUUAUCCUCUCCCGGCAACUUUUAUCUCAAAGACGAAUGAGUUUAUAAAAAUUUUGCAACUCAAUAACCAAUUCAUAACCCAUAAACCUAUUGCCGCUUUUUAUGACAAACCAAGUCAGUUUGUGAACAGACAUAACGAAAUCAUAAUUCCUAUUGACAAUCCAUCUCCAGGAGACGUUUAUUGCUAAAUCUAUCAACAAUCAAAUAUAAUUAUAUUUUA